AUGAAACGUCGAUCCCCUCCUUCACUUCCCUCUAUCACAACAUCCUCCCGUCGAACGACAGAGAGCCCUUUAUCCUCAGCCACUCCAGGGUCUAUUCCACGAUACUCUCCAUCUGCGGCCCUCCUAUCCCCACACCCCCAAAAAUCUAAACCCACCCACAAACCCCCAAAAUCCCUCCCCAAAAUCCUCACCCAUCUGCGCACCCCCCUCCACCCCCUAAUCUCCAGCACCACCGGCCUCACCCACCCGGACUUCCCCUCCAGCCUAUUAACUUACCAUCUCCUAACCUCCACCCAACUCGACAAUCUCGCCCGGCACUUCCACCAAUUCUACCCCCCCGUGCGUCCUACAUUCUGGUACCCGAUUACCAUCCCCCCCUGGCUGGGCACAGCCGAUCAAGGGAAUGUGGAUUUGGAGACGAAGCGGAGGCGGUUUGGUCGGUUUAUUGGGUUGAGUGGGUGUGAGUCGCCGACUAAGGAUAGGGGGGAUUGGAAGGAGGUUCCUGGGGAGGAAUCGCCCGAGGGGAUGAUGGAGAGGAUGGAAAGGGAGUGGACGAUGGGGUUGUUGAGGGCGAGGUAUGAGGGGGAUGUGGCGAUGAGGUGGAAGACGGGGAGGGGAUGA